AUGGGUGAAUCUCUUGCCAGCUUUGUGCCUCCGUCAGCUCUCAGCCUGCCCGACCAUCACAAUGCCGCCGGAACCGCCUCCCCCCUUCGUCUGUCCUCCUCGCUGGUUGGACCACUCGCUCCCCCACCCACCCACCCACCCUUCGCCCCUCCCGCCGGCCGCGGAAAACAUUCCCGGGAGCAAGUCAAACACGCACAAGCCAACUCGCAGUCGAGUUUGUUCCUUCCCGUUCGCCGCUCCUCCUCCUCAUCAUCCACCGUCUCGUUUGCCGGCUGCCGACUCGCGCGCACCAGCAGCAGCGGCGGCGGUGGUGGUCGCACCGGAGCUCGGUUUCUUCGCGUUGCCACCGCGAGUCGGGCACCCGCCGCCUCUCCGCUCCGCUUCUUACCGGAUCUCCGCAGGGGGCGAGCGAGCGGCUCCCACAGGUGUGCCGCGGUUCCAGGAAGCUCACCUGGACGGGACCAUGUGACUCGUGUACCUGGGCGUGGAAGGCAACGUUUAGCCACUUCUCGCCAAGCCCACGGGCGCGUUUCUCGAAUACUUUUUUCUCCCCUAGCCCCGUGCGCCCCCCCCCCUUCCUCCUCUUCCUCCUCCUUCCGUGCGGCUGAAGUCUUCGAUGCACGGCGAGGAGCUUUGAGCAGGAAUUCGUGCCUUUCUCGGAGAAGCACACCACGGGGAGGAACAUGUGAACUGGCUUCUUGUUCAGACGCGAAACAACCGGGGCGCUUCAUCCAUUUCUGGACCAUACUGGUCGAUUUCGGCUCGCUCUACCUUCUCUCUUUCUCCGAGAAGCCCUUAAUGAAGCCGGGGGUCAGCUGCAGCGUCCGGCUAAUUGGACCGAGUUUGCUCGAAGCUCUGGCUGCCGGUGAUUGAAGUGUCAAGUGAGGGUCGGCCUGACGUCGGCCUCUCCCUUAAUGUGAAUGCGAGUGCAACUGCUGUCUGCCUCCAUGUGCCCUGUGAUUGGCCGGCAACCAGUUAAUGGGUGUAGCCCGCCUCCUGCCCGAAGACAGCUGGGAUAGGCUCCAGCACUCCCACGACCCUUUUGAGGAUAAGCGACUCACAUCAUGGAUAGAUGGACAUUUGAAAUGGAGUUCGAGGAGAUGACGUAACCAGCUCGAUAGGCUAUAGUAGGGA